AUGAGAUUCUUUGCCUCAUUAAAUCUAAAUCCUGACGUAAUUUGUGUCGUGGUACCGUGGCUGACUGUGUGGGGGCGCUGUGGUUCCAGGCAGUCGCGGAAGCGCUGGGAGCAGUUCAUCCAGUCRGAGAACCAGCACCUGGUGAGUCCGGAGGCGCUGGACCUGCUGGACAAGCUGCUGCGCUACGACCACCAGCAGAGGUUGACGGCGGCCGAGGCCAUGCGCCACACCUACUUCUAUCCAGUGGUGAAGGAACAAGCGAACGCCAACACAGACGGCACAAAGGCAAUAAGCAGCUCCAAUGCAACAUGAUGACCAGACAGCAGGUAACCCACCGGUGGCCCUCUGGCAUGGAAUAACAAACGAGAAAUGCAGCUUUAAAAGCAGAAAACAUCACAAACGGGGGGAUAACUCUUCACACCUUCCUGUAUUUAACUCCAUCUGUUGUCACCAGAAGGUUUUAUUAAACGUGACGCAGCAAACCUCUGAA